AUGGCUCAUACCGAUAAGGCGCCCAAAGGAGGCACAAGUGACAAUGAACAUCAGCAAAAACCACAAGUUUUUACAACGUCAAAUGGGUGCCCAGCAAAAAGGCCCGAGUCUUCUCCUACGGCAUCUGGUAUGCUACUUCUGAGAGAUUUCCAACUUAUCGAUCUCUUGUCACAUUUGAACCGAGAGAGAAUACCGGAACGAGUUGUUCACGCCAAAGGAGCUGGCGCGUUCGGAGAAUUCGAGGUUACACAUGAUAUCUCAGACAUAUGUAGCAUUGGCAUGCUAAAUGGGAUCGGGAAGAAGACACAAUGUCUUGUUCGCUUUUCCACCACUGGCGGCGAGCGCGGUUCUGCCGAUUCUGUUCGUGAUGCUCGUGGGUUUGCUGUCAAGUGCUAUACCGAGGAGGGCAACUGGGAUUGGGUAUGGAACGAUGUGCCUUUCUUUUUCAUUCGCGAUCCCAUCAAGUUUCCUGGCAUGAUCCACGCCCAGAAAAAGGAUCCUCGCUCUAAUCUGCGAGACCAAACGAGAUUCUGGAACUGGGUCAUUCAGAACCCAGAAUCACUCCAUAUGGUGAUGUGGUUGUACAGUGAUUACGGCACUUUCUCUUCGUACCGGCAUAUGAACGGAUAUAUGGGACAUGCACACAAAUGGGUGAUGCCAGACGGAUCCUUCAAAUAUGUUCACAUGUACUUGGAGGCUGAUCUGGGCUACAAAAACCACUCUGAUGAAGAUAUUCCACACAUGACUGGCAACGACCCUGAUCAUGCUGCUCGAGAUCUUUACGAUGCUAUUGAACGCGGUGAAUACCCAACAUAUACGGCCAAAGUGCAGGUCAUUGAUCCAGCAGAUGUCCGAAAGUUUGGGUAUAACAUCCUAGACAUGACAAAGCACUGGGAUAUGGGGACAUACCCAACAGACCUAGGGACAGUUGGCGCCAGGGUAGUCGGGAAACUCACGUUGAACCGAAACCCUGAAAAUCACUUUGCUCAAAUUGAGCAAGCCGCAUUCUCUCCGUCUCACUUGGUUCCGGGAAUCGAACCCUCAGAGGAUCCUCUGUUACAAGCUCGCUUCUUUGCAUAUCCAGACGCACAGCGCUAUAGACUUGGCGUUAAUUACCAGCAGAUUCCAGUCAAUCAGCCAAAGAAUGCAUUUAACCCAUUACUCCGAGAUGGAGCGGCCUCUGUCCUUGGGAACUAUGGCUCGCAUCCAGGUUUCAUGACUCCCAAGGACACAAUGCAAUUCCGCCACUUUGAAAGCUCGUCUAUACCUGAGCACAAGAAAUGGCUGGCUGAAAUUGCGUCCCAGUCAAACGAAGAGAAGGAGGAGCUAGAUCUUAAAUUUGCUCGCACUUUCUGGACGCACUUAGAUGAUCCGCAAUAUGAAGGCUGGCAAGACAGAAUGGUAAGAAGCCUUGGUCGCGACAUUGCAGGCGUUGAAAUGGAGACGAGAGACAAGGUAUUCCAAGUCUUGAAGAAGAUUCACAGCGAACUAGCAGUCAGAGUAGAAGAGAAGGUAGACGAACACCUUGCCCAAGCGAGAUCACGUCUGUAA